CUCCAGCUCGUCGGCUCUCUUCCGGUUCCGGUGUCUCCCCCUCUGUCCUGGUUGCAGCCAUGGCCGCCGCGUCGCCCCUGUCCCCCGAGGAGCUGCUGCUGCCCAAGAGCGGCCCGGGCCAGGCGGAGGAGCUGGAGGACGAGCUGGAGGACGACGACGAGCUGGACGAGACCCUGAGCGAGCGGCUCUGGGGCCUGACCGAGAUGUUCCCGGAGAGCGUCCGGACCGCGGCGGGAGCUACCUUCGCUCUGUCCCUCUCUGUGGCCCAGAGAAUGUACCGAUUCUCCAGGGCAGCUCUGUGGAUUGGGAGUACCUCCUUCAUGAUCCUCGUUCUUCCUGUUGUAUUUGAAACUGAGAAACUGCAGAUGGAGCAACAGCAGCAGCUGCAGCAGCGACAGAUUCUCUUAGGACCCACUACAGGGCUGUCUGGAAGUAUGCCAGGGGCCCUGCCUCCACUUUCUGGAAAGAUCUAACUUCCAAAAGCUGCUUCAGAUCCAUAUCACAUGGAGAGACCUCAACAUUGAUUCAUUUGAACUGUUGGUUUGUCAGGGUGGGCAUUCCCCCCCCUCUUUUUUUUUUUAAACUUUAGGACACUGACCUAUCCAUAAUGGGGCAAAAUCCCCUCUCCUGGACCGUUUUUUUUUUUUAUGGGCUUCUCCCUGUAGCUUCCCCUCCAGAGGUCACAAGUUUUUCCUUUUAUCCAAUUAGUCCAUGCAGCAAGCAGUUAGAGACUUUAAAAUGAAAAGCUCCUGCUGUGGACUCCUUACCUUAGGCCACAAGUUAGGUUCUGGCCAGUUUGUUCAGUAAAUUCUGCAAUCAAAAGAAAAUCCUGUAUUUCUCCUGGCUAAAUCAAGGGCAGAAGAGGCCACCGAUAGAAAGGAAGGCGUGUAUUUACCAAGAGGCAGAGUGGAUCACAAAGGGUAGUAAGUUUCAUCUGAGCCCUGUGGGGAAAACUUGUUUUCAAAUAUUUUCCUUGCAAUUUCUUUUGUUGGCGGAGGAAAGGGGAGUACAUUUGGUUAAAGACAGUGCUGAUUCUGUUUGCAUCAUAAAACAACUACAUUUUGGAAAUCAGCUGCAUACUUUUUUGUAUUAAGUAUUAAAUAAAUUCAACCCAAACAUGG